AUGUGUAGCACCACGAAUGGACGACUUCUGGAGUGCAGAUUUACAAACGCUCGAGGGCCAUUCAUCUUGGGUUCAAUCGGUGGCCUUCUCGCCCGACGGUCAGACCCCGACGGUCAGACGGUGGCCUCAGGCUCCCGCGACCAGACCGUCAAGCUCUGGGAUGCCAAGACCGGCCUGGAACACCAGACGCUCAAGGGCCAUUCAGCUUCGGUUCAAUCGGUGGCCUUCUCGCCCGACGGUCAGACGGUGGCCUCAGGCUCCCGCGACCAGACUGUCAAGCUCUGGGAUGCCAAGACCGGCCUGGAACGCAAGACGCUCAAGGGCCAUUUAUUUUCGGUUACGUCGGUGGCCUUCUCGCCCGACGGUCAGACGGUGGCCUCAGGCUCCCGCGACCAGACCGUCAAGCUCUGGGAUGCCAAGACCGGCCUGGAACGCCAGACGCUUAAGGGCCAUUCAGCUUCGGUUCAAUCGGUGGCCUUCUCGCCCGACGGUCAGACGGUGGCCUCAGGCUCCCGCGACCAGACCGUCAAGCUCUGGGAUGCCAAGACCGGCCUGGAACGCCAGAUGCUCAAGGGCCAUUUAUUUUUCGGCUCCUACGAUCAGACCAUCAAGCUCUGGGAUGCCAAGACCGGCCUGGAACGCCAGACGCUCGAGGGCCAUUCAGAUUCAGUUCAAUCGGUGGCCUUCUCGCCCGACGGUCAGACGGUGGCCUCAGGCUCCUACGACCAGACCGUCAAGCUCUGGGAUGCCAAGACCGGCCUGGAACGCAAGAUGCUCAAGGGCCAUUCAGCUUCGGUUCAAUCGGUGGCCUUCUCGCCCGACGGUCAGACGGUGGCCUCAGGCUCCCGCGACCAGACCGUCAAGCUCUGGGAUGCCAAGACCGGCCUGGAACGCCAGACGCCCAAGGGCCAUUUAUCUUCGGUUGCGUCGGUGGUCUCCAGCGAUGAGGGCCAGGGAGAUAAAUGCACCCCAACUUCACAUACCCGUGUCCCUCAAAUAUCUCUAAACAACUGGGUGAUUGUUGGAGGCGAAAAAGCACUGUGGCUGCCUUCUAAGUAUCGUCAGACUAGCUGUUCCGCUAUUAAAGAUGGUAUCCUUGCUCUUGGCUAUAGUGAUGGGCGUGUUUCUUUUAUUGGGUUCUCUGUACCUAUGGACUAG